GCCCACCUCAAACUUGACAAUACCAUGUACAGCAGGUUCUCAACUCAUGACAGCAACUUGCUUAUUCUAUUCUAUCCAAAAGGUGACUACAAAUGUUCACCCAUCCCUGGCACUAUCAAGUUUAUCUAUGGUUGUGACAGGGCAUUUGUCUUUGCUGUACUGGGAUAUUCCUUGCUGCCUCAUGCUACAGAAUCAGAUCCAUUUGCUGCCUACCCCCACUUUCCCACCAAGUCAUACUCUUCUGCACUCUCAAACCACUUGGAAACUGUUGAAUUAUCAUGGGUUGUCAGACACUUUUCCAGGUGGGUUGUCACAGAUGAUUGCAUUGUCAUUCUGUCUCUUUGUUGGGUGAGCAAU